CACCCUCGAUGGGUGGAGGGUGGGGUGGUGGGAGGCAGGCCUGCGCACUCCAGAGACGCCGCCGUAUAGCCGGUUGUCGCCGAGGCAGCCCUGAGGCCGCGCCGGUCCGUGUCGCUAUAUAGCCGCCAGCAGCCGCAGUCGGUCCGCGCGCACAGAGCAACACACCGCACCAACCCCCGCCGCCUGCUUGCCAGUCAGUCUCCCCCCCGGCCCCCGCCCCCUCAGCGAGACUCGCAGCCGCGCACCUGGUGUUCCGCAGCACUCGGCAGCCAUGGAGGACGAUGACCAGAAGAUGCAGAUCAUGCGGAAAGCAUUCCAGAUGUUCGACACGACCAAGUCGGGCUUCAUCGAGACGCUGAAGAUCAGCACCAUCCUCAACACCAUGGGCCAGCUGUUCGACGACAACGAGUUGCAGGCUCUCAUCGACGAGACCGACCCCGAAGGGACGGGCAAGGUGAACUUCGACGGGUUCUGCAAGAUAGCGGCGCACUUCCUGGAGGAGGACGACGCGGAGGCCAUGCAGGAGGAGUUGAAGGAGGCCUUCCGGCUGUACGACAGGGAAGGUAACGGCUACAUCACGACGGCCACGCUGCGGGAGAUCCUGGCGGCGCUGGACGACAAGCUGGGCCCAGAGGACCUGGACGGCAUCAUCACCGAGAUCGACACCGACGGCUCCGGCACCGUGGACUUCGACGAGUUCAUGGAGAUGAUGACAGGGGAGUAGAAGAUGGCAUUUUUGCACAACUGCUCCAAGCGGCCGCCACCUCUCAAGAUGUACAGUCUUGCCACACCAACAGCUCUGCCUAGAGAAUGGAGUCGACGUCUCGUUCGUUCUCGAGACAUACAACAAUAGCUCAGUCGACGUAGGCACAAUAAAACAAAAGUACAAACUGUGUUUUCGUGAAUUUCAAACUGAAAUCAGAAAUAUAUAUAUACGUGUUAUUUCUUGA